AUGGUUGGCGCAUCGGUACUCUCAAACCCGCUCCCAGCGCAGCUACUCGCGUCGAUCGACGAGCUUCUUCAAGAACUCGACACCCUAGUUGCACCGAGUUCAUCAGUACCGCAUGACGUUACUCGAAAUGCUUCGAGCUCGAUCACAGCCCAGCUGAGAGAUCACUCGAGACAGUUGACGAACAUUGUGCGCGAGGCCAAGCAAAAUUCGUCAGAGGACAGGCUAAUGAAGGAUGAAGCUCAUCUCGGGUUGCAGAAUUUGCUGUAUGAGAGGAGGCAUUUGGAGAGAGAAAUUGAAAAGUGUAGGCAAUUCAAUUCUAUUUAUCAGGAAGUUCCUCUUCACACGCUUGAUGAAUUUAUGAGCAUUUCUCCUGAAGAAGCGCGAACAGAGGAGAUUCUAAAAGACGAACACCAGUUGUUACUCAGGCGAUUGAAUCUGGAACUCUCCGAGAGAGCGAGACACACAGAAGAAGCAAAUGAUUGCAGAAAAAGAGCGGUGCUUUCGGAGAACAAAAAAGCCGAGAGUGGGCUUGAUGCCUUGGUGGGCGACCUCGAUAAUCUUUCCAAGGCAUGUACCACGAAUCUAACCCAAGUAUACUGCUGA